AUGGCUACCAUACACCAAGGCCACCCCCAUGAUGAGCCCCAUGAUGACGACUCCCUCCUUGGCGAUGAUUUGAUCGAAGCUGAUGAUGCCGUUGACGCCGACGACCCUCUACGCGGUACCUCCGACACGACCCCUCUGCGAGGUAACAUCGAAUCCAGCUCAGCCAACCGAGGCAAUGCUUCUGGCUACGGCAACUACUUAGCUUCCUCUAUUGGUGGUGAAGAUCGCCGUGCGACACAAAAUACAAUUGACGAAAGCGUCUGGGAGACAUUGUCACGCGACUUGAUUGCCGUGUGGGAGAAAAUGCGCCAGGUGCUUUGGCCGAAAUACUUGCUUGGAGGAAUGAUGCAGCGUGGAGGCAGCGGUACAGCUGAUUCUGAGCAAGGUGGUGUGUCUGGAUUUGGUGGUAACAUUCGGGGACUCGUUGGACGCUGGCCGGAUGCCGACGUGGUCCUGCAGGGUGGCAUGAGCGAGGGCUUGCGGGACUGGGAUCUCUGGUAA